CAUCACCUCAUCACCAAUAUCACAGUCCCUCAAAACUUCCCCCGAAGCUUGCAUCGUAUUACCGUAGCGUCCACAUUGAUAAUUAUUUCAGUAUGACAUCUAUCACAAGCUUGCCCAACGAGCUCCUUGUGGAGAUUUCGAGGCAUUUGAACCGUACAGCCGACUUGAGUUCCCUUUCCGCUACAAGUCGACGCUUUCACUUUGUUGUCAACCCUAUCUUAUACUCUUUUGCUGCUGUGAACUACCCGGAUAUCCUAAGCUGGGCCUGUGAGGCUGGCAAAAUUGAGAUAGUGAAGAAGCUUCUCAAGGCAAGGCAAAGCCCAAAUGUGCUCACAUCCAAUUCCCGAGACCUUUUUUUAGAGGAUCUUAUGGGAAUCGAAUGGAUUCGCGACAUGACAGACACUAGAGCCGUUCUCAGCUCUAUAAUUAGUCGCAAGCAGAGGGUUGUAGAACGCCGUUCAAGGCAUAAUACCGAUCCUCCUACUUACAACAAGAACUUAAGAACUAGAAAAAGAACAAGAAGAGUAAGGAAAUACUUGCGUCUGGCUUUGAGAAACUUCUGGUUUCCCCUCCACUCCGCUGCUAUAGCUGGAUCUACCGAGCUUGUCAAAUUAUUAGUUGACUACGGUGCUCUCUUGGACGUUCCUGCUCAUGCGAUUUAUAACUGUCAACCUCGUUACCACCGGAAGGAAAUUAAGUCUGAGUUUUAUUAUUGGACGCCAUUACACACCGCCUUAUGUUGCGGCAAUGAGGCUGUGGCAAACAUGCUUAUUAGCCUAGGGGCGUCAACAAAUGUUGAAAUAAAUAAAAGGAAGUCUAGUGCACUACACUGGGCAGCUCGCGGUGGUUAUUUAUCAACCAUACGACUACUUUUAGAAGGCGAACAAAAGGUCCCUGUCGACAUCCAGGAUACUGAUGGCGCAACUCCCCUUAUGUGGGCGUUAGGAACACCGCAUAGCAUCCCGAUAAUGAAGUGCCUCCUUCGGUGCGGUGCAAAUAUGGAAGCGCGAACUAAUAGACGGUGUUCUGGGUUUAAUGGACAACCCACUGCACUCUUGCGAGCUAUUCGUUGCUGUUGGUACGAAGAAGCUUUUUUCCUUAUUAAUUCCGGGGCGAAUAUCCAUCCUCCUACUGACGAUCUACCCUCCGCAUUGGAUCAGUGCCUUAUUUCUCUCCGCGGGAUUGCUAGCGAAGCAACGGCAGAGAAGCUGUUCUACCUUUGGCCUGAUAUGGAUGACAGGAAACAUAAACAAUUUUGUAGGCGUUUUGGCCUUGAGCGCGACCUGGGGAUUUUGUCAAAGCAUACUGAUUUCAACGAUAUUUACGAUGAAGAAGUUCACUCUGGCAUGGUGGAAUUGGCUAAAAAGCUCAUAUGCAUGGGUGCCAACGUCCACGGUUCUCCUGGCACUCGAUAUGCGCCACUAGUGCGCGCAUCAGGGGCUCAUUUGGCAACGGUUGUAGACCUAUUGAUAAAAUAUGGCGCACAAGUUAACCAAGAAGAUGGUGAUGGUCUUUUCCCGCUACUUGCUGCUGUCCUUACCACGGAUACGAUAUCACCGAAAUCUUGUUUCGACACUGUUGAGUGCCUCCUCAAAAACGGGGCAAAUCCUAACAAGAUAACUUGGCACAACCGGACAGUUAUAAUGGCAAUAUGCUCUAGUUCCUCUCAAAGCCCGAAUGAUCUUGAGAUAAUUAAGCUUCUAGUCGAAUAUGGUGCGGAUAUAAACGCUCGUAAUGUCUUCCAGAUGAGAGGUCUUGCAUACUACCUCUUCGAGAAGUCUGUGUUAUUAUCACCUCUUCAAGCCGCUCUCUGCACUCAUAAGAUAGAUAUCUGUCGAUAUCUUAUCGACAUAGGUGCAGAAGAUUCUCUUGAAAUGUCUAAUAUUGAUGAAGUACUACAACAUCUAGUCCAGCAGGAUAGCUCGUACUUCAAGUCUAGAGACGAAGAUAUACGCGAUCGGGAGCAGUAUUGUGAAGUUUUCAAGCUUCUCUUCGAAAUUGAUCAUUCCGGAUGGCUUUUCAGACAUCCCAAGGCUCUUUGGAUGUCCACUGUGGUCCGUUGCUUCCCCCUGACGACGAUUCUCCUCCAAAAUGGCGCUUCUGAUGCUUCGUGGGUCAACAAGGAGGGUGAAACUUGUUUACAUAAUAUGGCCUUCUAUGGAUUCGGUGACUACCUGGUCCCUACCCUCAUACCACGCCUUAUCGCAAACGGCGCAGAUGUUAACAAGCUUAAUAACGAGGGCUGCUCGCCGUUCUCGUAUAUUCUACUAUCAGACUUCCUCGACGACUGUGUAGAGGACGUUGGAAGGUACGUCAGAUUGUUCACAGUCUUCAUCGAGAACGGAAUAAUCCAGACGGACCAUGAUGUAGAAGUGUUUGAAUUGUUGGUGGAUAACCUAGGUCGUCUGAUCAAUAUUGUCCAGUUACACCUAUUUGUCGAACUGAGCAACCUGUUUGUUGUCCAAGACGGCAAAAUUGUUGCCCGAGAAACACCCCUUCAUCGGGAAGUCUCUCAGUUUAGGACAAAUAUGGAUGAGUUUGAUUGA